ACGCCACCUACUGCAAAACUGAGCUGACAAUCCAUGCAAUGCUAGCAGCACUUCCAUUCCAUCACCGUGCUGGAGCUGAAAAAAGGUGCUUUUAAAAUAUCUCUUUUCAAGCACACAAGAACAAGGCAAGAGAGCUGUCAUUUUAACGUGGCUUUAAGAAUGGAGCGAAAAACAAACAGAAGAGAAAAGGAACAUGAAGAAAAGCAUAACUCCUCUGAGGGUACUGAGGAAGGCAAGAACUGUAAAAUGCCUCUGAUUACCCUCAAUGUUGGUGGAUACCUGUACAUUACACAAAAACAAACACUAACCAAGUACCCAGAAUCUUUUCUUGAAGGUGUGGUAAAUGGAAAAAUUCUCUGUCCAUUUGAUGCAGAUGGUCAUUAUUUCAUAGACAGGGAUGGACUCCUUUUCAGGCACAUUCUGAACUUCCUACGAAAUGGAGAACUUCUUCUACCAGAGGGGUUUCGAGAAAAUCAACUUUUGGCACAAGAAGCAGAUUUUUUUCAGCUUAAGAUGUUAGCUGAUGCCGUGAAAUCAAGGUGGGAGAAAGAACAGCUAGCAUCCAGAGAGACUACUUUCCUGGAAAUAACUGACAGCCACGACCGUUCACAAGGUCUUAGGAUCUUUUGUAAUGCUCCUGAUUUCAUAGCAAAAAUCAAAUCUCGCAUUGUUCUGGUGUCAAAAAGCAGGCUGGAUGGAUUUCCAGAGGAGUUUUCAAUAUCUUCAAAUAUUAUUCAAUUCAAAUACUUCAUAAAGUCAGAAAAUGGUACACGACUUGUACUGAAGGAAGACAACACCUUUGUCUGCACCCUGGAAACUCUUAAGUUUGAAGCUAUAAUGAUGGCUUUAAAAUGUGGAUUUAGACUGCUGACCAGUCUGGAUUGUUCCAAAGGGUCAAUUGUUCACAGCGAUGCACUUCAUUUUAUCAAGUAAUUACUUCUACCACCAGACAAAGGCAACAAGCAUGCAGCCAGUAAACCUCAUUAAACUACAGCAUC